GCAGGCGGUCUGGCCGGCCUGACGGUGGACGUGGCGCUGUUUCCGUUGGACACGGUCAAGACGCGCCUGCAGUCGGCGGAGGGUUUCCUGCGCUCUGGCGGCCUGCGCGGCCUGUACGCCGGCGUCGGCACCGCGGCCGCCGGCUCAGUGCCCACCGGUACGGCUGUGUCCCGUGCCGGGUCAACGACUACCGCCCGGCCGCAGUCAUGUCCCCCUGUGCUGCUGCCGGCUCUUCGACGCGCGCAGUCGGCACGGUCAUUGGCGUGGACACCGGAAGGAUUGUGUCCGAGGAAUCUUGCCGGCAUUGGAAAGAGACCUGUUUCAUCAUUUAGGGUGGCCUGUAUUGUGCGGGUGCCGAUCGAGGUGGUGAAGCAGCGCCGUCAGACACGACGGGAGAUCUCUGCGCGUCACAUCCUGACUAGGACGCUGGCCGAGGAGGGCGUCAUCGGCCUGUACCGCGGCCUCUUCAGCACCAUCGCCCGGGAGGUGCCCUUCUCCAUACUGCAGCUGCCGCUGUGGGAGGCCAUGAAGGCCGGCUGGUGGGCGCGCCGCGGCCGGCCGGUCGAGCCUUGGCAGGCCGGCCUCUGCGGCGGAGUGGCCGGCGGCCUCUCGGCGGCUAUCACCAACCCACUGGACGUGGCCAAGACGCGCAUCAUGCUGGCGGACCGGCACACCGAGAUGGCGCACGGCGGCAUCCUGACCGCUCUGCGGUGCAUCCGACGUCAGGACGGCAUCCGCGGGCUCUUCGCCGGCGUGGUGCCACGCGUGCUCUGGAUCUCCAUCGGCGGCACCGUGUUCUUCGGCUCGUACUCGAUGGUGAUGCACCUCAUCAGCUGACGUCGCCACCGGCCCCGCUAGCCCGCCUUCUGCCCUCCGGUGCCGCUGGCCCCGCUAACCCUAGCCCGCCCUCGCCCUCCGGUGCCGCUGGUCCCGCUAGCCCGCCCCUGUCCUCCGACGCCGCUGGCCCCGCUAGCUCGCCCUCGCCCUCCGGUGCCGCUGGCCUCGCUAGCCCGCCCUUGUCCUCCGACGCCGCUGGUCCCGCUAGCCCGCGUUCUGCCCUCCGGUGCCGCUGGUCCCGCUAGCCCACCCUUGUCCUCCGACGCCGCUGGUCCCGCUAGCCUACCCUUGUCCUCCGACGCCGCUGGUCCCGCUAGCCCGCCCUUGUCCUCCGACGCCGCUGGUCCCGCUAGCCCGCGUUCUGCCCUCCGGUGCCGCUGGCCCCGCUAACCCUAGCCCGCCCUCGCCCUCCGGCGCCGCUGGUCCCGCUAGC